AUGGCCCCGUCAAGCGCCAUCACCCCUGGCCAGCGCCUCCUCGCUACCGUCGUCGACAACCUUGCUACUUCCAGUCCUACCAAGGAACUGGGCGUCAUUCCUAUGGAUGAUGGAUUCAAGACGGUCAGCGCAAGUGAACUAUCCGAUGCCGUUAACGCCAUGGCGUGGUGGAUCGAGGAGCACGUUGGCAAGGUAGACCAGCCAGAGACAAUUGCGUUCAUGGGGGCGACCGACAUAAGAUAUCUUGUGUUCGUGCUCGCAUGCCAUAAGACGGGCUACAAGCCCCUCCUUAUAUCGACACGCCUCUCCGAUGCUGCCUAUGAGCACCUUUUGACGGCCUUGGAAUGCAAAAAGUUCGCCUACACCAAGGAAACGGAACGUCGAGUCUCUGAGAUUCGAGAGUUUCGCGAAGGCACGGCCUUCUUUGAGGUUCCCGAGGUCAAAGCCAUCCUAAAACUACACGGCUCCAUCUCAUACCCGUGGUCCAAAACGUAUACUCAGGCCGAGAAUGAAGUGGCUCUGAUCAUCCAUAGUUCUGGAACGACUGGCAUGCCCAAGCCCGUUCCUUUGACGCAUGGCUUCUUCGCUACGAUUGACAACGUCGUGCAUCUGCCUAUCCCCAAAGGCCGACAGUUUGGUUUCUUCAGCCACCUCGGCGCGGACGACCUUGUCCUCUCCACCACUCCAUUUUUCCAUCUUAUGGGAUUCAUAGCAUUCAUUGAGUCAAUCUUCCAUAACGUUCCCUUCACUUAUCUUCCAGACAAGCCACUGUCCGUCGAACUGCUCAACGACGCAAUCAAGAAGACCAAACCCAAGGCCGCAAUUCUCCCGCCCUCAGUCCUAGAAGAUAUGAGUCAAACUGAGACUGGCAUAGAAGCACUGAAGUCCCUCGACUACGUCUACUUUGGUGGAGCGCCGCUCGCUCCAGAGACUGGAGCCCGCCUCUCGAAUUACACGCAACUCAUCUCUGUGAUCGGGUCAAGUGAAAUGGGCCUCAUCCCCUCCCUCAUCCCAGAGGGCCAGGGCAACUGGAAUUAUUUCGAGUGGAACGAAGAGUACGGGGUGAAAAUGGAGCACCUUGGCGAGGGACUACAUGAGCUGGUCAUUCCUCGCCGCGAAGAUUCUCGUGCUAUGCACGCUAUCUUCCACACAUUUCCUGACAAGUCUGAAUAUCGCUCCAACGAUCUUUUCGUGCAACACCCGGAGAACCCGAAGCAUUGGAAAUUCCAUGGCCGCCUCGACGAUGUGGUCGUCUUGAGCAACGGCGAAAAGCUAAACCCCGUCACACUGGAAAAGAUAGUCGAGGACCAUCCCAAGGUCCAUCGCGCUCUGCUCAUUGGCCAGAACCGCUUCCAGACGUCGUUGCUCGUUGAACCUGUCUGGCCAGAAGACAGCGCAGAGCUCGACGAGACGGCCUUCAUUGACGAGAUCUGGCCGGUGGUGGAAAAGGCCAACGAGGCCGUUCCCAAAUAUGGACGCAUCGUGAAGAACAAGAUCCGGCUAUCCGAUCCCAACAAGCCAUUCAAACUCACCCCAAAAGGAACCACGCAGCGGCAUGCGGUGAACAAAGAUUACAGCGAUGAGAUUGAAGCAAUUUACUCCGCGGCUAAUCAAGAAUGCCAGAGACUGCCCGCAACUAUUGACCAGGACAGUCUGGCUACCUAUGUCCGUCAAAUAGUCUACACCCUUAUCGGACGCGAGGAUAUCCAAGACGAUGACGACUUCUACAGCAUAGGACUUGACUCGCUUGCAACAAUAGAGCUUGCCAGGAUUCUCAAAUCUGCAGUCUCGUUCCAGCACCCGGAAGCUCAGACCAUCAGCCCGCAGCAAAUCUACAGAAACUCAACAGUGUCCCGCCUCGCCCAAUUCAUACAUGGCAUUCUCACUGGGCAGACCGUCACGACACUCUCACGCGUCGAUCGAAUCAACAAUAUGAUUGCGAAAUACACAACCAAUCUCCGCCAACGCUCUGAGCAGUCCCUCCCGCCCCCCAGAUCCCGGACCGUCAUUCUGACAGGUUCCAGCGGCUCAUUGGGAACCUAUCUCCUGAGCGCCCUCCUCAAUGACAGCAACAUCGAGAAAAUCUACUGCUUCAAUCGGUCAGACGCGAAGGAUAGACAGAUCGCCAGCUUUGAGGAAAAGGGCCUUGACGCUGGUCCCUUGAACGACAAUAGCAGAGUGGAAUUCCUGCAAGUAUCGUUCGGAGACAAGCAGUUCGGCCUGUCCGUCGACAAAUAUACAGAGCUGGCGAACCGAGUCCAACUCAUCCUUCACAACGCCUGGGCUGUUAACUUCAAUAUUCCUCUAGACUCGUUUACACCGCAUGUCCGAGGUGUCUCCGAAUUUAUAAACUUCAGCAUUUCCAGCAAAUACAACGCCCAUCUCGCGUUUGUCUCGUCGGUGGGCACGAUCGGUGCCUGGACACCAGAAAUGGGGCCUAGCGUCCCAGAGAUUCCACUCGAGACUCCGGACCCAGUUCUGGAGCAAGGGUAUGCCGAAUCGAAACACGUCGCUGAGCGCAUGUGCCUGGAGGCCUCCCGGAAAGCCGGUGUCCCGACAACCAUAUUCCGUGUUGGGCAGAUUGCAGGCCCGACAACGGAGAAAGGUGCAUGGAACACGAAUGAGUGGAUUCCUACUUUGGUGGCUACCUCAAAGGCACUGCGCAAGGUUCCCGCAACUCUGGGUGCUUUUGAGGUUGACUGGAUCCCUGUGGAUACCCUUGCAGAGAUCAUGAUCGAACUCCUCGACAGCCGACGCAAUUCCGAAGAGUUAAGUGCAUUUUUCCACCUGAUGAAUCCGUCAAAGACAGCCUGGUCCUCGAUUGUGCCGGCAGUCGAGAAGGCAUAUGGCAUUCCUUCGGUGCCGCUAGAAGAAUGGAUCAGCGAGCUGGUCAGCAUAGAGAAUCCUUCUGAAGAAGAAGUUCAGAAGAAGCCCGCGCUGAAGUUGCUGGACUUCUACCGUGGGCUGGCAGCAGGAAAGAGGAUGCUGGCUGUCACCGUUGAUACCAGGAAGACGCAGGAAGGAAGUGCUACCAUGGCUGAUCUCGCGCCAAUCGAUCAGCGCCUUAUGGGCAACUGGAUUCAACAGUGGAGCUUUUGA